AUGGUUCAAAAAGUGAGUACUAAAGGAUCUAAACGGGCGGCAGUUAAAGUUAGUAGCACAACACGUGCCUUACGAAAAAAGAAAAAGCGAUCCCAAAACUAUCAUUUGUACAUUCUCAGGAUAUUGAAAUCUGUCCACACUGAUUUGGGGAUGUCAAAGAAAGCUAUGAUGGCUAUGGACAGCUUUACUUUUGACAUUUACGAAAAAAUCAAGAACGAAGCUUGCAAUUUAGUUCAGCAUAAUAGCAAAGCUACUAUCACAUCGAGAGAAAUUCAAACAGCAGUACGCUUGAUUUUGCCUGGAGAAUUGGCAAAGCAUGCUAUUACCGAAGGGGCAAAGGCGGUCACCAAGUAUACCAAUACUAAGUGA